ACAAUUUGUUGUUGUUUAUUUUCGCCGCCGCAGAGCUAGCACGUCGGUAACGGAAAUUCCCGUCAAAGUUUUUCGCGCUCUACGUUUUAGCGGCGCCCGGUCGUCGUCGCCGUCGCUGCCAACGUUGUUAAGCGCAGCGGCGUCGCAUUAAGCAAAAAUCAAAGAACAGUGUUACCAUAAAAGAGAGAAGACUGCACUACCGUUCUGCCUUAAGUGUCAUUGAAUAACGGCAACAGACGGGAGAAAGAAACAAGACAGGAGAGAGGAGAGCAAAUAAAGCCAGUGAAAGUACGAGGGGUUGCGCGAAUAUUACAGACUGGCUACAUUUACACAUACGCACACACACACACACACGCGCGCACAUACACACUCGCACACACACACUCAGCCAUGCUCACAAUGAGCUCGUAUCUGGAACUGUUCGGAUUGUUUGUGCUGCUGAUGUUGCCCUUUCUGUACGAGACGAAUCACAUAUUUCGCUACUACUUCAAGUUCAUGAUAUAUUAUGGGAUCGUUUCGUUUAACGCGAUCAUUCUGAUACCGGCGUUUCUCACACGGCCUUGUGACGUUCGCAAUUUACUCUGGGCCAGCACCUGGUGCCAUCGUGUCACCGCUUUGAUUGGACUGCGCUGGGAGCUGCGUGGCAAGGAGCAUCUGGAGAAGGAUCGGGCAUGCAUCAUCGUGGCCAAUCACCAGAGCUCACUGGACGUGCUGGGCAUGUUCAACAUCUGGCACGUGAUGAACAAGUGCACGGUGGUGGCCAAGCGGGAGCUGUUCUACGCCUGGCCGUUCGGACUGGCCGCCUGGCUGGCCGGGCUCAUCUUCAUCGAUCGGGUGCGCGGCGAGAAGGCGCGCGACACGCUGAACGCAGUCAAUCGUCGCAUCAAGGAGCAACGCAUUAAGCUGUGGGUUUUUCCGGAGGGUACGCGUCGCAACACGGGCGAGCUGCAUCCGUUCAAGAAGGGCGCCUUUCACAUGGCCAUCGACCAGCAGAUACCCAUACUGCCGGUCGUCUUCAGCUCCUAUUGUACAUUCCUCAACGACAAGAAGAAGAUUCUGAACGCUGGCCGCAUUGUGAUAACCACGCUGCCGCCAAUUAGCACCGAGGGCCUCACCAAGGACGACAUCGAUCAGCUAAUGGAGCGCGUGCGUGGCCAAAUGACCGAAACCUUCAAGCAGAGCUCCGCAGAGAUGCUGCAGCGCUACAAGUCCCACAAGCCCAUACCCCCAACGGUUGUCAAUGGCGCCGAGGCUGUGGCAGCUGCUGUCGCCAAUAGCUCCGGCUAUGCGCAGCUGCAUGUGGGCGCAGCUGCCAGUGCCUCCUACGAGACGUACAAGAGCAGCGCAAGCAGCAAGGCGGCCAUGCUAAAGACCCUCUAGGUCUCUCUCUAUCUAUAUAUAUAUAUAUAUAGAUGCCUAAUGCAAUACUUUACUUAUGACAUGCACGAUCGAGACUUUCUUAGGCAACUCACAUACCAAAAACAGAAGCGGGAACACUAUGCAACAUGUUUUUUGUUUUUAACUAUAUU